UUUCCAACAUGUUGUGGAACAACCAGAACGCGACACGACAGGAGACUCUGCCAAAACUACACCACAUUACAACUUUAAUUCAGCAAAAACUCCCGUACUUACCUGGACUUCCCAAUCCUCCGGUGACCCCACUGUUCGGCCUAUCUCAGGGCCCGGUCUGUCCAUUUCUCCAUUCCCCUUUCUCCCUUUUUUUCUUUUCUUUCUUUUUAUUUUUUCAAACUCAAUUCUUUGCUAGUUUCCAUCAGAUAAUCCAUGGAAUCAAUGACAAAUUGAUUUAACUUUCUUUUUCUUUCUCUUUUCAUCUCCUGAUGGACUAUUGUAAGCAAGAAGAGUGGGAGAAGGAUCUGGAGAAGGGACUUUCUCCACGGAAUGUCCCGGCGGCAGUGGCACAACCGACUUCUCCGUCUGCGCUAAGGCGUGCUCUGGUUCUAUCUAGUUCAUCCAAGGCCCUUUCGGCCUCCAAUUCAAGUAAGACCCUUCUGGUCUCCAAUUCAAGCAAGUCUCUUCUAGGCUCUAAUUCUGGAAAACGAUUUGAUAAGAAGUAUGUCAAACAAGUUACCGGCCGCCACAACGACACUGAGCUACACCUCGCUGCGCAGCGUGACAAUGUUGGAUAUAUCAGGCAGAUUUUAGCUGAAAUUGAUUCUCAAAUGAUGGGGACAGUUGGUGGAGCCGAAUUUGAUGCAGAGGUGGCAGAAAUAAGGUUAGCCAUUGUGAACGAGGUGAACGAGUUGGGAGAGACUGCGUUGUUCAUUGGAGCUGCAAAGGGGUAUUUGGAUGUGGUUAAGGAGCUUUUGAAGCAUACAACUGAGGAGGGGCUUAAAUUGAAGAGUAAAUCUGGGUUCGAUCCAUUGCAUAUUGCUGCAAACCAAGGUCAUGAAGCCAUCGUCCAGUUGCUACUGGAUCACAAUCCAGAGCUAAGUAAAACAGUUGGACAAGCCAAUGCGACCCCUCUUGUAUCUGCAGCUACAAAAGGACAUACAGCUGUAGUCAAUGUAUUACUCCGCAAAGAUCCUAGCUUGUUGGAUAUACCAAAAGCAAAUGGAAAAAUUCCAUUACACUUUGCUGCCAGGCAAGGACAUGUGGAUAUUGUUAAAGCAUUUCUUGACACGGAUCCUCAAUUGGCAAGGAAGACUGAUAAGAAAGGGCAGACAGCAUUGCAUAUGGCAGUCAAAGGGGUUAACAGUGAGGUGGUGAGGUUGCUUCUUAAGGCUGAUUCAGACAUUGCUAUGCUCCCAGACAAGUUUGGUAAUACAGCACUACAUGUGGCUACUAGGAAAAAGCGGAUAGAGAUAGUGAACGAACUUUUGGAACUUCCUAACAUUGAUGUGAAUGCAUUAUCUAGAGACCAUAAAACGGCGAUUGACAUAGCUGAAGGGCUUCCACUCUCUGGGGAAAUCGCUGAAAUAAAGGAAAAUUUGACUAAUUGUGGUGCUGUCAGGGCAAACGAGCUGAACCGGACACAUGAUGAACUCAGGAAAACUGUGAAAGAGAUCAAGAAAGAUGUGCAUACCCAGCUUGAACAAGCCCGCAAAACCAACAGGAAUGUGAAUGGCAUUGCCGUGGAGUUGCGUAAACUUCAUAGGAUGGGCGUUAUAAAUGCCACCAAUACAGUCACAGUUGUGGCAGUGCUUUUUGCAACGGUUGCAUUUGCAGCUAUUUUCACAGUUCCUGGGGGUGAUUACGACAGCGGAAUAGCUGUUGCCGUCAAAUCGACAUCAUUCAGGAUGUUCUACUUUUUUAAUGCAAUCUCACUCUUCACUUCGCUUUCAGUGGUGGUGGUACAAAUGACGGUUGUAAGAGGACAGUUGAAAUCAGAGAGAAGAGUAAUAGAGGUGAUCAAUAAGAUGCUGUGGGUGGCUGCGGUCUGCACCACUAUUUCAUUCAUGGCUUCGUCGUACAUAGUGGUCGGUAAAUAUAACGAGUGGGCUGCAGUUCUUGUAACAGUUAUAGGAGGAAUUAUAAUGGCAGGUGUUCUCAUUGCCAUGACUUACUAUGUUGUGAAAAGCAAACGGAUUAUAAAAGUAAAAGAGAAGGAGAAGAGUUCGAGGAACAAAACAAUGUCAAAUAAUAUAUCAGAUUCGGAGCCAGAGGUGAACACAAUUUAUGCCAUUUAAUGUUCAUAGGUACUACUUUGAACUGGCCUAUCAUCAUAACUUGUAAUUCAAGGAAAAUGAGUGAAGCAGAAAAGAGGAGGCAGUUUUGUGUUGUUGUUGUGAGAAGUAAUUUUCUGUAGAUACA